AUGGAAAAUAGUGACCAACUAUUUAAAAGAAAAAAUCCCACUGAAAUUCAUAACUAUCCUAAGAAAUCUAUUAUUCAAUAUUCUGAACCUGGACGAAGCUAUACCUAUAAAAUUAUUGAAGAAGGAUAUUAUCCACCUGCUACUUAUCUUAAAUAUACAAAAGGUCAAAGUUUUCGAAUUCCUGAUAAUUAUGAAGUUGAAACUAGUUGGGGAAAACCUAAGAAAUUACAAACAGUCAGGUGUUUAAUUAAAUAUGUGGAAAAAAUUCAAUACCAUGUAAAGUCAGAAAAAUCAAGUUCAGAUGCAGCAGUUUUAUAUGCUAAGGCUUUAAAUCCAGAAAAAAAAACGCGUUAUUCAGGACCACAUUUUUUUGGUCUUUAUUUAGAAGUACUUCAACAAUCUAUUGAAUUUAAUAUUAAAGAAAAAUCUUUUCAUUUUAGCAUUGGUGAGGAAAAUAAUGAAGAAACAAAAUGGAAAGCAAGAGCUGCUGUUCAAGUAUGUGAUAAAAGUCAAAUAACGUGUGAAAGUUAUAGAACUUUAGCUUCAAUCAGUCAAGAUUUACCACGUGAAUGGAAAGUUUCUGCAGAAAGAAAAGAAAUUACUCAUGAAAUGAAGGAAAUUAUACCAAUUUCGCUUGUAAAUUUAGAACCAUCACUACCCAAUGAUCCUGUAAAUUCAGAAAUACAUAUUAAUAAUUCAGAUGUUAUUGAUAAUGUGCAACAAUCAAUUGGAAAAGGAGGAAGACGAGAUAUUAUUAACAUUUUAAAAUAUUUGAUACCAGGUCUUCUUAAAAGAAAAGUAUUGGAUAUAACAAAUCCUAUAAUUCAUUUACGAAUUUCUGGUGAUAGGCGUAAUGUAAGAAGAAAGGUUAAACAAGUAAUGGUCACGUGUUCAAUUCUUAAUGAUAUUGAUAAUUUGCAUCAGCCAGAAAAUCAUUACACUAUAGUUUUAUAUCCUGGCAUUGAAAAAUAUGAAACUUUACACAUUAUAUUGGAUCCAUUAAUUGUAGAAUUGAGAAAGUUAAAAGAAGAAGGAUUAGAAUAUGAUCAGGGUGUAAAAUGGAAGAUUGAAUUGUAUUUUUCGUCAGAUUGGAAGUUUUUGGCAAUUUGCUUGGAGAUAAAUGCAGCAAAUAGCAAGUAUUUUUGUCCAUGA